CUUGUUUCGAAUUUGAGUUUUUUCGUACUCGUGAAUUCAAUGAAAUUUCAAAAAAAAAAAGACUGAUAGGAUGUGAUUGAGAAAUAGAAAAACUACAGUAACUUUUACGAUUCUGGCGCGAGUUCCAGUAGACCGUCCGUUGUUUUUGUUGCGUUAUCACCAGCAGACUUUCUUACGAUUGUGAUACAUUAUUUGAUUGCUGUUCUGUACUGAGUUUGCGUUCAAGCUAAUUUGAUUUUUUUCAAGCGACCAUACUUCUCCAGCGAAGUCGUUUAUUGCGACAUCGAUCUACUUUUACUUGUUUUUAAACGCAUAUACCAAUAAGUUGUCAAAGUUACAACUGAAUUAUUGCUCAAGUCUUUUUCUCUACUACGUGUACGUAUUGGGUCGCUACCACUGUUCUGCUUCUACUUGUUUUUUCAUUCAUUUUUACCGUUCCACAACCUGAACCUCUGGAGCCAGCGACAUGCCGACGACAUACGGUGGGUCAAGUUCGUCAAAAGCGAACAAUCCUUCGAAGGCCGGCGGAUCCGUUGGCGGGGCAUCAGCGAAAAAUGGAAAGAAGAACACGUCGGGAGGGAAACUUCAGCAUGCUGGCAAGGCGGAUGCAAAGAAGCAGAACAGUAGCAAGCUGCUGACGAAAAAAGUAGCGAUUCCCGAUAAAGGAAGACGCUCGCUCCGAAAAGGGGCGGAGUCGGACGAGGACGACGACGGCGUUGACAAGGAGUUUGGUAUGUCCUACUCAACUAGCUCUUGGCGUGAUCGCGAUUUGAUUUUUUCGAUCGUUGACUUGAGUACUAAACUUGGGCACUUUCGUCUACAGCUCAUGUCUCUACUGGUAUGUCAAUGCAUCACACCUAGGCCUCACAAGGCUUCCGCUUUUCUAGCAAGUAAAAAGUGUACAACAACGCAGUGGAACUUAACUGCUGAUCAGGUUCGAAGAAGGUGAAAAAUCAACGGUGGAACAUAGGAAGUGACUUGGAAAAGUACGAAAUGGUCCACAAGGGGGACUCACUGUCGGACUUGCGCAAAUUAAGCUGGGGGAAAAAACUGGAGAAGCUGCAGGCCAAGUACGAAGAUUUUUUGAAAAUCGCUCACGAGCAGCCGCCGAAGUCCCUGACCGCUCCCGCCCCUGCAACGAGCUCUGCGGUGAACGCUUCCACUUCUAGCAAGAUCGCCGCAACUACGGAGAGUAAGCGACCAGCUGGACCUACCGAUGCGGAAAAAGCAAUGGCCGCCUGGCGGAAGCAACACAAUGCGAGGAAGGAGACCUGUAUGAACGGGUUUCGGCGACUGUGGGCUGCGAUCAGCGACGACGGUUCGCGCGAUGCGGAAGUCGCCUCGGUGUCUUUGAUAAGACGCCACUAUCCGCAUGUUUGGAAUCUAGACGAUGCCAAGUCAAACGCGGCGGAUCCCGGCGGGUCUUUAUCUUGUGCAAACUUGUCCGGGCUGCUAUAUGUCGGACCAAUUUAAAGCUCAGCGCCAAACUUGCUAACGCGGAAAAGGCGCCACGCAGGAGGCAUGGCAGAGACCCUAUCUGCUUCUCACUGCAUCUUUCUGGUGACUGAGCCGCUGAAAUAUCAAGGGGCAUCCAAGUAUGUGUGCGCUCUCGCACAUCAGCCCUGAACAUUCAUAAAGAACCGGACAAGUUUGCAAUGCAUAUGAUUACGCGGGGCGCGACGUCGGCGAAUGGUUCGAGGGGGAGGAGUACUGCGUCAGAACUUCGUGGCCCAUCUCGCUGCCGGAAAUCAAGAAGCCGCAGGUGCAGGAGCAGGUCCGGACGCUGUUGGAGGGGGACGAGGAAAGCUGCAAGAAGAUCCUGAAGCUCGGGAGCGAUCUCGCGGAGAAGCAGAAGAAGUUGGUCCUGGACUCCAGGCAGAACAGGCUGUAUCACGGUGUUUGGAGGAAAUAUUAUUCGGGCGCAGGAGCAGCGGCAACGAGACGACGAGUUCUGCAGGCACAGCGCAACUGGCACGGCGCCUUCUUCACCACGGAGGAGCAGAGCGCGAAUGAGGCCAGGCAGAAGAACCAGCCGCGCGCUGCUGUUCCGGAUACGAAGGAAGAAAAGGAAGAAAAUACUCGGGAAAUCAAAAGACGGCUGCAGUGCUGUCUCACAGAGACUUUGCAGCCAGAGGGCGGUCUGCGUAGCAAGUGAAAGAUCCAUCUGUCCCGACAUACAAAGCUGCAGGCUGUUGUAUCAGUGUGCGCCUGGAGACGUAGCGGCAGCCGUUUGCCUAUUUUGCUACUUUUGCAUGGUGUCACGCCUGCAGCUUCGACUGCUGGGUAGAUGGAUUUUUUUUUGAGGAUACUUUAGUUGAUUAACGCCACCCAGGCCGGGGAGAACCUCAAGCGAACAAUUGGGGGAGACUGCUUGGUGCAGCUUGUGGGGGCCGUCGAGCACAGGAGAACCGGAACGGAGGGGCGCGGAGUCGUAGACAGCGCCACAAACAAGACGCACCGCUUCGAGGCGGAAUGCAGACGGCAAAAGGUACAGCUGGACUUGCUCGGCAGGCUGUUCUUGCUGGCCAGAUUCUACACUUCCUGCUUCUUCUAGUGCAGCAGAUGUGAGUCCAGUAUGCGCAUCAUGUCGCGUUUUCUUCUUCAGAGGAAAAAAAAACUUAACCAGGUGAUUAUUCCGCUACUAGCACUGCAGCCGUUGUCGAAAUUUCUCCCGUCCCAGUUGCCAGCCAGUGUGGAGCAGAACCUCAGGACUAAGCGCUGCGUCUUUGCGAUGAGAAAGGUCUACGAAGCAGCGACGCGGAAGACGUCCAAGAGCAGAGCAUCCCAGCUGCCGAAAUUUUUCGCCGGAGAGGAAUUGCGAGGGGACAAAGGUGAUGAGCCCGAGUUCGUGUUCAACCCGGCAUCAAAAACUGCAAAGCGAGUGAAGGGGGAGCAGAGGAGCGCGGAGCAGGCGGAACUGAUGGCAAAGGCUUUGCGGCAAACUUCUAGAAAGGACGCUCUCCCGAAGGGUUUCUUCAAACAGGCAGCGCAGGAGCCGGAACAUAUCAAGACGAAGAUGCAGAAAGUCGUCGACCUUUGCAUGACGCGCGUCGAGAGCGGAUUUCCGACCGCAGAAAGGAGCAACAUCUACGCCACCGGAAAAGUGAACUUCCUCGGCAUGGGCUUGACCGAUUUCCGGCAGAAGCCGGAUACGAUUGCGGCCAAGUUCGACGAUAAAUGGAAGAAGAAGGUGUGGGAUGCCUGUGCUGACGUCGCCGAGGCAGUGGCCAAAGACCGCGCGGCGAAGGGUGUCGGCGGGUUCUUCUGGACAGGUAUGGGCUCGCUUUGUUUCUCCAAGCUUGGCGACUAUCUUCUUAGCAGCGUGCGCGCGCGGUAGCUGGUGCGCUAGUCUUUCUAAAUUGAAAAAAUCAUCAAUCCGCAGGUAUCGGCAUCGGGCUCGAUGUGCAGACGCCCGUGCACAUUGACGGCAAGAACAGCGCGCCUUCGGCCACGUUCUCCGGCGGGACCUACAGCAACGGGGCCGAGGGGUGCAGAUUCUCUGUUUUUCUUUUUGUUUUUGCUUUGCAAUUUUGCCGGCCUCCACCAGCGGCAGGCCGGUGCCAUUCGUCGCCCGGGCAAGCCUGCGGCGGCUUGUUUUUCACUAGAGCGCGCCAGAUAGACUCUAAUCACCAAACAGGUACCCGUGCGGGAGGCUCUUCGUGCAUGAUUCGGGGGAAGAGGGCGGCGACCCGUUUUGGUAUCCGAUCACGAUCCCGCUCAGCAGAUACGACGGGCGCGACUGGCAGCAGGGCGAGGGGAUUCGCGGGAAGUUUCUGGAAACCUACCUGACCUGGGUCCGCUUCUCGGGGAAACGCGCGCACGCGACCGAACCGUGGGCCAAGGGGCAUCGGGUGUGCGUGGUUUACUUCAGUAAGCCCGUGACGAGCCCCGAGCUCUACAAGCUGCUGAAAGAGCGGCGCGCGAACCCGCCGCCGGUCGUUUCCCUGGAGGCCGCGCAGCGGGCGGAGAACGGCGAGAGCUGAGCGACCCACUGACGAUUCCGGUGCCUUGUCUGCUUCUGCCUUCUGCGGUGUUCGAUCUUUGUGGCGUCGCGGUGCCCCGUUUUGUCAAGUACAGCGGACCUUUUUCGAUGCCGCAGCCCGCAGGAAAUUGCUGCCCCGCGUCCAGCAUGCGACGACCCGGCCCCUGCGCAGAAAAUCGACCACCUUUCCACCAAGAUCCUUCCGCGGCAUUCUAGCGAUGAUACAGACAAGUAGAAGCAGUCAGGUCCCUUUCCCUGUUUGAAACUGAUCGUGAAAGUAUCAACCACAUAUUCUGAACAACCUUUAUCUUUGAUCGAGUUUUAAUCUAUCUGAUAUAUAAUCGAAUCGAUCACCCGCCGAUACACAGAUAAAUGUAAUUUGGUCUCCACAAGUGAGAUGCCUAUAAUCACUCUGUCCUCGCGUGUACAAGUAAAAG